AUGGCCGACCAGGAACCUUCCACUCCCAACCCGGACUCCUCUACCUCCACUACCCCAAACAAGCCCAAGCGUGCCCCUCCUAAGCUAGGCAAGAAGUCCCCUGCCAAACAAGAACAGACUCCUCCUCCCUCCGAGCAAGGUCAACAAGAACAAGACCAAGAAGAGUCCGAGAAGCCUCAAGCCGAAGAUACCCCUGAGGAUCAAGACAAGGAGGAAGAUCAACCCGAGCCGCGCAAACAAGAGCCCGACUCAGACGACGAUCAAAAAGAAGAAGACGAGGAUCAGCAAAAGGAAGCUGAACCUGAACCCGAAGCUGAGCCCGAGCCCGAACCUCAACCAAAGGCUCAACCCGAACGCCGCCGCCGCAAAACCCGCCCACCCCAACGCGUCCAAGAUUCAGACGUCGAAUCCAUUCCCCGCAACGACAUGGACGGACAACCCGAGCAACGCCGUCAGCGCACCCGCCGCACCCGCCAGCCCCAGCAGCAACAAGGCCAAGAUGGCGGACCCCUCGGUGGCCUCGGCGGCGUAGACCAGGCCGGCCAACUUGUGCAGAAUACCGCCGGUAAUGCGCUGAAUGGCGUCACUGGGUCCGCUGGAAAGGCCGUUGGAGGCAUUUUGGGCGGUGGACAGAAGGAGGAGAAAGAGGAUGGUGGUCGUGAUGAGCAGUUGCGGUUGAGACUGGAUUUGAAUCUGGAUAUUGAGAUUCAAUUGAAGGCGAAGAUUCAUGGUGAUUUGACGCUGGGCUUGUUAAAUUAA